GCCGCCCGCCCGCCCGCCCGCGCCGCGCCGGCACCCCCUGCGGAGGGCGGUCGCGGGAGCCCCUCCGCGCCGUCCCCUCCCCCGGGGGGCCGCCGCCUGCCCCCGGAUCGAGGCUCCCCGCGCGGGUUUGCGCCCCGCGAUCGCCGAGGCUGCUGCCUGCCUGGCAGAUGGAUCGCACGUCGCUCGGGCUGGCGCUUUGGCCGCUGGAGCUCGCCGGCUGUCGCUUCCUAGUCAACUUGAGUUUCUGCUGACUUGCCGCGGAGCCUUGCAAAAGCGGGGGCCGCAAUUCAAUCUUGGGGCUAACUUCAAGGAAGGCGCCAUAUUAUUCCAUAGGUGAUGCUAAUACCUUUGUGUUUUGCAAUUUUUUUUUUUUUUUAGGAAACAUGCCCUGAACUGUCACAGAAUGAAACCCGCGCUCUUCAGCGUCCUGUGUGAGAUCAAAGAGAAAACAGGGAAGAGUAAUAAUUUUGACUAUGGAUGUUGAUCUGCUAUUAAAGAACCUCACCAAAUGUCCAUAGGAAAAGAGCGAUAUGUGUCUCAGCAUCAGAGGAGCCCAGGAGGAGGACCCUCCCGAUCCCCAGCUAAUGAGACUGGACAAUAUGCUUUUGGCAGAAGGGGUUUCAGGUCCUGAGAAAGGUGGGGGAUCGGCGGCAGCAGCUGCAGCCGCGGCAGCCUCUGGAGGUUCUUCAGAUAACUCUAUUGAACACUCAGAUUACAGAGCCAAAUUGACCCAGAUCAGACAAAUCUAUCACACAGAACUGGAGAAAUAUGAACAGGCAUGUAAUGAAUUCACCACACAUGUGAUGAACCUUCUCCGAGAACAGAGUAGAACACGUCCCAUUUCCCCAAAAGAGAUUGAAAGAAUGGUGGGCAUCAUCCAUCGAAAAUUUAGUUCCAUUCAGAUGCAGCUCAAACAAAGCACUUGUGAAGCAGUUAUGAUUUUAAGAUCAAGGUUCCUUGAUGCCAGACGAAAAAGGCGUAACUUCAGUAAACAGGCCACAGAAAUCUUGAAUGAAUAUUUUUACUCACACCUCAGCAACCCCUACCCCAGUGAAGAAGCCAAAGAGGAGCUGGCCAAGAAAUGCAGCAUCACAGUGUCACAGGUAUCCAACUGGUUUGGCAACAAACGAAUCAGGUACAAGAAAAAUAUCGGCAAGUUUCAGGAAGAAGCCAACCUCUACGCUGCAAAGACAGCUGUGACAGCCGCACACGCAGUCGCCGCAGCUGUGCAGAACAACCAGACCAAUUCGCCCACCACGCCAAAUUCCGGUUCUUCUGGUUCUUUUAACCUCCCAAAUUCUGGGGACAUGUUCAUGAACAUGCAGAGUCUGAAUGGGGAUUCUUACCAAGGGUCCCAAGUCGGAGCCAAUGUGCAAUCACAGGUGGAUACCCUCCGUCAUGUUAUCAAUCAGACGGGAGGCUACAGUGAUGGCCUUGGAGGAAAUUCACUGUACAGUCCACAUAAUUUAAAUGCUAAUGGAGGCUGGCAGGACGCGACAACUCCAUCUUCUGUGACUUCUCCUACAGAAGGCCCAGGAAGUGUGCACUCUGAUACCUCUAACUAAUCUCUGGCGACGCUUUUCCCCGAGCUGACAUGCCUUGAGAAGUGCAUUCAGAGCAAUAGGAGGAAAGGAAAGCGUUUUCGUAGCCCACCAUCUACAGCUUUACUGUAAAACCUUGUCUUCUUAGAGAACUUGGAAAAUCUGUUUUUUAAGGAAUCAUAAUCAUUUGUAUUUAUAUAAAAACACACAAUGUUAAAAAAGCACUUUAUCCAAUUAGGCCAAGAUUUAACAUUGUUGACAGUCCUGUAGCUAUUUUAUCAUAAUUUAUUAUCAAUAUUUUACAUUAAUGGUUUCACAGUUGCCAAUUACUUGGCCUUAAGGGUAAAAAAAGUACAAUGUAUGCUAAACCUCAAUCGUUAAAGCAGAUGCAAAGAUUCACCUCACCUAAAUUGAACUUCUCGCAUAUUUCCAUCGCAGACUGAUUGUCUGUCUUUCAUAUCGCUAAUGGAGUUGGAGUAAAGGAGCUGUUUGGCGAUCUCUGUUAAUGAUGGUUGUGUUUAAGAAUCUUCCUCGUCACAUUUGUGUUGCGAUCUCUUAUGUUAUAAUUAGAUCAGAGACUGGUAGCAUCUUUUCUCUCUCUGAAAGCACCAGUGCCCAGCGUCUGCUUGGUAAUUAAAUUACGGAUCCAGAUCGUUCCGAGAGAUGAAGAUACUCGCUGCUGAUAGAGGUGAACAGGCGAUCCGCCGGGUUUUACGGUGUGCGCUGGGUGCUGCACAGACUUGUCAAGGUUUGCUACGUCCUCUGGGCAUCGACGAAGGCCCUGCUCUCUGGAGUGUUGUAUAUAGUGUAGCAAAAGAGUAUUUAUACAUCUCACCAAUCAAAACACAGCUUUAUUACCUCAUGCGAACUCAUCCAAACCAAUAGACUUUCAACAUGUUCUGUAGCUUAGAGUGCUCACCUACUACCUCUGAACAAUACUCACGCUGUAGUUUGUCUCUUUCUUAUCUUUUUGCAUCUUGUAAUUAACUCUUUGUUUCCCUUCAUAAAAUGUAAUGUACAUUGUAAUCUUUUAAAAGAAAAAUCAGGGUUGCAUUUGCAACUUUUAAAAAAACCGAGAGUGGAAACAUUGGGUCUUAAAUUCACACAGGAUCAGUAAAACUGUUGUAAAUACUGAGAAACAUUUUGAAUGUUCUUCAUCUUGUUACUAAUCCAUGCAAAAAAAAAAAAAAAAGCAGCGACUAAUUGUGAUGCAUUCAGAUUUCAGUAUUCAGUACUGUAUAUUUCACCCUGUGUAAUGGGGCCCCCUCUCUCCUUUCUCUUUUUGUAUUGUAUGCGAUUCUGAAACUGAUUGAGUCAUGAAAAUAAUUUGUGGCGGUGAUUCUAACGUAUUAAAAACGUUUCGUGUUCCUUUCUAACUGGAUUACACCCUGGAUUGAAAAGGUCUUCCUCGUGGUAGUUAUAUGUAGUUUCAAACAUGAAUAAACUUUUUGC